UCCCGCCAAUGAAUUUAGCGAGCAGUGAACGAGACCCCAGCAGUGGCAAUCAUUAAGGGUCUGGACUGAGUAAACCGCGUCCGAUGUCGCUGUACGCGUGCAUGCCAUCCAUCCCUUACCUUGGAACACGCCGGGAGCACCCACAGACUGCUGCACGGCUGAAGAUUGUGCCAACUAUGUGUAUCCGACAAGUCUGCGCGAUGAUUAUUCAGCCUGGCAUCCAGGCAACUGGCUUUCAAGCGGCACUCGGAGUUCUGAAGCUGCAGCCUUGGGAUACCAGUCGAAAUAUGGUGUGGCAUUUUUUACAUAUGAUAACCGUCCUGGCAGCUGUACUGAGUGUCCACGGACAGACAACCCCAACACCAUUGCCAACACAGCUGCCAGUGACACUACAGACAACACCGUUGACUAUUGUGUGUGCAGGAAGUGAGUUCCGCUGUGCCGAUAAGAAGCACUGCAUCCCUGGACAUCUUUACUGUGAUGGGGAGCCCGACUGUGCAGACCAGAGUGAUGAGACUCCAAACUGCCAAUGCCGCUCAGACCAAAUCCGUUGUGCCAAUGGAAGCUGCCUUGGAAUAGUGUUCAUGUGUGAUGGAGUCAACGACUGUGGAGACUAUUCAGACGAAAGUAACUGCACUUGCACACCGAAUCAGUACAAAUGCAAUAACAGCAACACAGAAUGUUUGGACCCACUCUACGUCUGCGAUGGAGAAACUGACUGUAGCGAUGGAUCUGAUGAAAGUGACUGUGAGAAAGAAUGUUCAGAAAGUGAAUUCCGCUGUGCCGACAAGAAGCAUUGCAUCCCUGGACGUCUUUACUGUGAUGGGGAGCCCGACUGUGCAGACCAGAGUGAUGAGACUCCAAACUGCCAAUGCCGCUCAGACCAAAUCCGUUGUCCCAAUGGAAGCUGCCUUGGAAUAGUGUUCGUGUGUGAUGGAAUCAAUGACUGUGGAGACAAUUCAGACGAAAGCAACUGCACUUGUACUCCAAGCAAGUACAAAUGCAAUAACAGCAACACCGAAUGUUUGGACCGACUCUAUGUCUGUGAUGGAGAAACUGACUGUAGUGAUGGAUCUGAUGAAAGUGACUGUGAGAAAGAGUGUUCCAGCAGUGAAUUCCGCUGUGCCGAUAAGAAGCAUUGCAUCCCUGGACGUCUUUACUGUGAUGGGGAGCCCGACUGUGCAGACCAGAGUGAUGAGACUCCAAACUGCCAAUGCCGCUCAGACCAAAUCCGUUGUGGCAAUGGAACCUGCCUUGGAAUAGUGUUCGUGUGUGAUGGAGUCAACGACUGUGGAGACUAUUCAGAUGAAGGCAACUGCACUUGCACACCGAAUCAGUACAAAUGCAAUAACAGCAACACAGAAUGUUUGGACCCACUCUACGUCUGCGAUGGAGAAACUGACUGUAGCGAUGGAUCUGAUGAAAGUGACUGUGAGAAAGAAUGUUCAGAAAGUGAAUUCCGCUGUGCCGACAAGAAGCAUUGCAUCCCUGGACGUCUUUACUGUGAUGGGGAGCCCGACUGUGCAGACCAGAGUGAUGAGACUCCAAACUGCCAAUGCCGCUCAGACCAAAUCCGUUGUCCCAAUGGAAGCUGCCUUGGAAUAGUGUUCGUGUGUGAUGGAAUCAAUGACUGUGGAGACAAUUCAGACGAAAGCAACUGCACUUGUACUCCAAGCAAGUACAAAUGCAAUAACAGCAACACCGAAUGUUUGGACCGACUCUAUGUCUGUGAUGGAGAAACUGACUGUAGUGAUGGAUCUGAUGAAAGUGACUGUGAGAAAGAGUGUUCCAGCAGUGAAUUCCGCUGUGCCGAUAAGAAGCAUUGCAUCCCUGGACGUCUUUACUGUGAUGGGGAGCCCGACUGUGCAGACCAGAGUGAUGAGACUCCAAACUGCCAAUGCCGCUCAGACCAAAUCCGUUGUGGCAAUGGAACCUGCCUUGGAAUAGUGUUCGUGUGUGAUGGAGUCAACGACUGUGGAGACUAUUCAGAUGAAGGCAACUGCACUUGCACACCGAAUCAGUACAAAUGCAAUAACAGCAACACAGAAUGUUUGGACCCACUCUACGUCUGCGAUGGAGAAACUGACUGUAGCGAUGGAUCUGAUGAAAGUGACUGUGAGAAAGAAUGUUCAGAAAGUGAAUUCCGCUGUGCCGACAAGAAGCAUUGCAUCCCUGGACGUCUUUACUGUGAUGGGGAGCCCGACUGUGCAGACCAGAGUGAUGAGACUCCAAACUGCCAAUGCCGCUCAGACCAAAUCCGUUGUCCCAAUGGAAGCUGCCUUGGAAUAGUGUUCGUGUGUGAUGGAAUCAAUGACUGUGGAGACAAUUCAGACGAAAGCAACUGCACUUGUACUCCAAGCAAGUACAAAUGCAAUAACAGCAACACCGAAUGUUUGGACCGACUCUAUGUCUGUGAUGGAGAAACUGACUGUAGUGAUGGAUCUGAUGAAAGUGACUGUGAGAAAGAGUGUUCCAGCAGUGAAUUCCGCUGUGCCGAUAAGAAGCAUUGCAUCCCUGGACGUCUUUACUGUGAUGGGGAGCCCGACUGUGCAGACCAGAGUGAUGAGACUCCAAACUGCCAAUGCCGCUCAGACCAAAUCCGUUGUGGCAAUGGAACCUGCCUUGGAAUAGUGUUCGUGUGUGAUGGAGUCAACGACUGUGGAGACUAUUCAGAUGAAAGCAACUGCACUUGCACACCGAAUCAGUACAAAUGCAAUAACAGCAACACAGAAUGUUUGGACCCACUCUACGUCUGCGAUGGAGAAACUGACUGUAGCGAUGGAUCUGAUGAAAGUGACUGUGAGAAAGAAUGUUCAGAAAGUGAAUUCCGCUGUGCCGACAAGAAGCAUUGCAUCCCUGGACGUCUUUACUGUGAUGGGGAGCCCGACUGUGCAGACCAGAGUGAUGAGACUCCAAACUGCCAAUGCCGCUCAGACCAAAUCCGUUGUCCCAAUGGAAGCUGCCUUGGAAUAGUGUUCGUGUGUGAUGGAAUCAAUGACUGUGGAGACAAUUCAGACGAAAGCAACUGCACUUGUACUCCAAGCAAGUACAAAUGCAAUAACAGCAACACCGAAUGUUUGGACCGACUCUAUGUCUGUGAUGGAGAAACUGACUGUAGUGAUGGAUCUGAUGAAAGUGACUGUGAGAAAGAGUGUUCCAGCAGUGAAUUCCGCUGUGCCGAUAAGAAGCAUUGCAUCCCUGGACGUCUUUACUGUGAUGGGGAGCCCGACUGUGCAGACCAGAGUGAUGAGACUCCAAACUGCCAAUGCCGCUCAGACCAAAUCCGUUGUGGCAAUGGAACCUGCCUUGGAAUAGUGUUCGUGUGUGAUGGAGUCAACGACUGUGGAGACUAUUCAGAUGAAAGCAACUGCACUUGCACAUCGAAUCAGUACAAAUGCAAUAACAGCAACACAGAAUGUUUGGACCCACUCUACGUCUGCGAUGGAGAAACUGACUGUAGCGAUGGAUCUGAUGAAAGUGACUGUGAGAAAGAAUGUUCAGAAAGUGAAUUCCGCUGUGCCGACAAGAAGCAUUGCAUCCCUGGACGUCUUUACUGUGAUGGGGAGCCCGACUGUGCAGACCAGAGUGAUGAGACUCCAAACUGCCAAUGCCGCUCAGACCAAAUCCGUUGUCCCAAUGGAAGCUGCCUUGGAAUAGUGUUCGUGUGUGAUGGAAUCAAUGACUGUGGAGACAAUUCAGACGAAAGCAACUGCACUUGUACUCCAAGCAAGUACAAAUGCAAUAACAGCAACACCGAAUGUUUGGACCGACUCUAUGUCUGUGAUGGAGAAACUGACUGUAGUGAUGGAUCUGAUGAAAGUGACUGUGAGAAAGAGUGUUCCAGCAGUGAAUUCCGCUGUGCCGAUAAGAAGCAUUGCAUCCCUGGACGUCUUUACUGUGAUGGAGAGCCUGACUGUACAGACCAGAGUGAUGAGCCUUCAAACUGCCAAUGCCGCUCAGACCAAAUCCGUUGUGGCAAUGGAACCUGCCUUGGAAUAGUGUUCGUGUGUGAUGGAGUCAACGACUGUAGAGACUAUUCAGAUGAAAGCAACUGCACUUGCACUCCGAAUCAGUACAAAUGCAAUAACAGUAACACCGAAUGUUUGGACCCACUCUACGUCUGCGAUGGAGAAACUGACUGUAGCGAUGGAUCUGAUGAAAGCAACUGUGAAAGAGAGUGUUCCGACAGUGAGUUCCGCUGUGCCGAUAAGAAGCAUUGCAUCCCUGGACACCUAUACUGUGAUGGGGAGCCCGACUGUGCAGACCAGAGUGAUGAGACUCCAAACUGCCAAUGCCGCUCAGACCAAAUCCGUUGUGCCAAUGGAAGCUGCCUUGGAAUAGUGUUCGUGUGUGAUGGAGUCAACGACUGUGGAGACUAUUCAGACGAAAGCAACUGCAAUUGCACUAUGAAUCAGUACAAAUGCAAUAACAGUAACACCGAAUGUUUGGACCCACUCUACGUCUGCGAUGGAGAAACUGACUGUAGCGAUGGAUCUGAUGAAAGCAACUGUGAAAGAGAGUGUUCCGACAGUGAGUUCCGCUGUGCCGAUAAGAAGCAUUGCAUCCCUGGACAACUUUACUGUGAUGGGGAGCCCGACUGUGCAGACCAGAGUGAUGAGACUCCAAACUGCCAAUGCCGCUCAGACCAAAUCCGUUGUGCCAAUGGAAUCUGCCUUGGAAUAGUGUUCGUGUGUGAUGGAGUCAACGACUGUGGAGACUAUUCAGACGAAAGCAACUGCAAUUGCACUCCGAAUCAGUACAAAUGCAAUAACAGUAACAGCGAAUGUUUGGACCCACUCUACGUCUGCGAUGGAGAAACUGACUGUAGUGAUGGAUCUGAUGAAAUCAACUGUGAAAGAGAGUGUUCCGACAGUGAGUUCCGCUGUGCCGAAAAGAAGCAUUGCAUCCCCGGACAUCUUUACUGUGAUGGGGAGCCCGACUGUGCAGACCAGAGUGAUGAGACUCCAAAUUGCCAAUGCCGCUCAAACCAAAUCCGUUGUGCCAAUGGAAUCUGCCUUGGAAUAGUGUUCGUGUGUGAUGGAGUCAACGACUGUGGAGACUAUUCAGACGAAAGCAACUGCACUUGCACUCCGAAUCAGUACAAAUGCAAUAACAGUAACACCGAAUGCUUGGACCCACUCUACGUCUGCGAUGGAGAAACUGACUGUAGUGAUGGAUCUGAUGAAAGCAACUGUGAAAGAGAGUGUUCAGACAGUGAGUUCCGCUGUGUCGAUAAGAAGCAUUGCAUCCCUGGACAUCUUUACUGUGAUGGGGAGCCCGACUGUGCAGACCAGAGUGAUGAGACUCCAAAUUGCCAAUGCCGCUCAGACCAAAUCCUUUGUGGCAAUGCAACCUGCCUUGGAAUAGUGUUCGUGUGUGAUGGAGUCAACGACUGUGGAGACUAUUCAGACGAAAGCAACUGCACUUGCACUCCGAAUCAGUACAAAUGCAAUAACAGUAACACCGAAUGUUUGGACCCACUCUACGUCUGCGAUGGAGAAACUGACUGUAGUGAUGGAUCUGAUGAAAACAACUGUGAAAGAGAGUGUUCCAACAGUGAGUUCCGCUGUGCCGAUAAGAAGCAUUGCAUCCCUGGACAUCUUUACUGUGAUGGGGAGCCCGACUGUGCAGACCAGAGUGAUGAGACUCCAAACUGCCAAUGCCGCUCAGACCAAAUCCGUUGUGCCAAUGGAAGCUGCCUUGGAAUAGUGUUCGUGUGUGAUGGAGUCAACGACUGUGGAGACUAUUCAGACGAAAGCAACUGCACUUGCACUCCGAAUCAGUACAAAUGCAAUAACAGUAACACCGAAUGUUUGGACCCACUCUAUGUCUGCGAUGGAGAAACUGACUGUAGUGAUGGAUCUGAUGAAAACAACUGUGAAAGAGAGUGUUCCGACAGUGAGAUCCGCUGUGCCGAUAAGAAGCAUUGCAUCCCUGGACAUCUUUACUGUGAUGGGGAGCCCGACUGUGCAGACCAGAGUGAUGAGACUCCAAACUGCCAAUGCCGCUCAGACCAAAUCCGUUGUGCCAAUGGAAGCUGCCUUGGAAUAGUGUUCGUGUGUGAUGGAGUCAAUGACUGUGGAGACUAUUCAGACGAAAGUAACUGCACUUGCACUCCGAAUCAGUACAAAUGCAAUAACAGUUACACCGAAUGUUUGGACCCACUCUACGUCUGCGAUGGAGAAACUGACUGUAGUGAUGGAUCUGAUGAAAACAACUGUGAAAGAGAGUGUUCCGACAGUGAGUUCCGCUGUUCCGAUAAGAAGCAUUGCAUCCCUGGACAUCUUUACUGUGAUGGGGAGCCCGACUGUGCAGACCAGAGUGAUGAGACUCCAAACUGCCAAUGCCGCUCAGACCAAAUCCGUUGUGCCAAUGGAAGCUGCCUUGGAAUAGUGUUCGUGUGUGAUGGAGUCAAUGACUGUGGAGACUAUUCAGACGAAAGUAACUGCACUUGCACUCCGAAUCAGUACAAAUGCAAUAACAGUUACACCGAAUGUUUGGACCCACUCUACGUCUGCGAUGGAGAAACUGACUGUAGUGAUGGAUCUGAUGAAAACAACUGUGAAAGAGAGUGUUCCGACAGUGAGUUCCGCUGUUCCGAUAAGAAGCAUUGCAUCCCUGGACAUCUUUACUGUGAUGGGGAGCCCGACUGUGCAGACCAGAGUGAUGAGACUCCAAACUGCCAAUGCCGCUCAGACCAAAUCCGUUGUGCCAAUGGAAGCUGCCUUGGAAUAGUGUUCGUGUGUGAUGGAGUCAACGACUGUGGAGACUAUUCAGACGAAAGCAACUGCACUUGCACUCCGAAUCAGUACAAAUGCAAUAACAGUUACACCGAAUGUUUGGACCCACUCUACGUCUGCGAUGGAGAAACUGACUGUAGUGAUGGAUCUGAUGAAAACAACUGUGAAAGAGAGUGUUCCGACAGUGAGUUCCGCUGUGCCGAUAAGAAGCAUUGCAUCCCUGGACAUCUUUACUUUGAUGGGGAGCCCGACUGUGCAGACCAGAGUGAUGAGACUCCAAACUGCCAAUGCCGCUCAGACCAAAUCCGUUGUGCCAAUGGAACCUGCCUUGGAAUAGUGUUCGUGUGUGAUGGAGUCAACGACUGUGGAGACUAUUCAGACGAAAGCAACUGCACUUGCACUCCGAAUCAGUACAAAUGCCAUAACAGUAACACCGAAUGUUUGGACCCACUCUACGUCUGCGAUGGAGAAACUGACUGUAGUGAUGGAUCUGAUGAAAACAACUGUGAAAGAGAGUGUUCCAACAGUGAGUUCCGCUGUGCCGAUAAGCAUUGCAUCCCUGGACAUCUUUACUGUGAUGGGGAGCCCGACUGUGCAGACCAGAGUGAUGAGACUCCAAACUGCCAAUGCCGCUCAGACCAAAUCCGUUGUGCCAAUGGAAGCUGCCUUGGAAUAGUGUUCGUGUGUGAUGGAGUCAACGACUGUGGAGACUAUUCAGACGAAAGCAACUGCACUUGCACUCCGAAUCAGUACAAAUGCAAUAACAGUAACACCAAAUGUUUGGACCCACUCUACGUCUGCGAUGGAGAAACUGACUGUAGUGAUGGAUCUGAUGAAAACAACUGUGAAAGAGAGUGUUCCAACAGUGAGUUCCGCUGUGCCGAUAAGAAGCAUUGCAUCCCUGGACAUCUUUACUGUGAUGGGGAGCCCGACUGUGCAGACCAGAGUGAUGAGACUCCAAACUGCCAAUGCCGCUCAGACCAAAUCCGUUGUGCCAAUGGAAGCUGCCUUGGAAUAGUGUUCGUGUGUGAUGGAGUCAACGACUGUGGAGACUAUUCAGACGAAAACAAAUGCACUUGCACUCCGAAUCAGUACAAAUGCAAUAACAGUAACACCGAAUGUUUGGACCCACUCUACGUCUGCGAUGGAGAAACUGACUGUAGUGAUGGAUCUGAUGAAAGCAAUUGUGAAAGAGAGUGUUCCAACAGUGAAUUCCGCUGUGUCGAUAAGAAGCAUUGCAUCCCUGGACAUCUUUACUGUGAUGGGGAGCCCGACUGUGCAGACCAGAGUGAUGAGACUCCAAACUGCCAAUGCCGCUCAGACCAAAUCCGUUGUGCCAAUGGAAGCUGCCUUGGAAUAGUGUUCGUGUGUGAUGGAGUCAACGACUGUGGAGACUAUUCAGACGAAAGCAAAUGCACUUGCACUCCGAAUCAGUACAAAUGCAAUAACAGUAACACCGAAUGUUUGGACCCACUCUACGUCUGCGAUGGAGAAACUGACUGUAGUGAUGGAUCUGAUGAAAACAACUGUGAAAGAGAGUGUUCCAACAGUGAGUUCCGCUGUGCCGAUCAGAAGCAUUGCAUCCCUGGACAUCUUUACUGUGAUGGGGAGCCCGACUGUGCAGACCAGAGUGAUGAGACUCCAAACUGCCAAUGCCGCUCAGACCAAAUCCGUUGUGCCAAUGGAAGCUGCCUUGGAAUAGUGUUCGUGUGUGAUGGAGUCAACGACUGUGGAGACUAUUCAGACGAAAGCAACUGCACUUGCACUCCGAAUCAGUACAAAUGCAAUAACAGUAACACCAAAUGUUUGGACCCACUCUACGUCUGCGAUGGAGAAACUGACUGUAGUGAUGGAUCUGAUGAAAACAACUGUGAAAGAGAGUGUUCCAACAGUGAGUUCCGCUGUGCCGAUAAGAAGCAUUGCAUCCCUGGACAUCUUUACUGUGAUGGGGAGCCCGACUGUGCAGACCAGAGUGAUGAGACUCCAAACUGCCAAUGCCGCUCAGACCAAAUCCGUUGUGCCAAUGGAAGCUGCCUUGGAAUAGUGUUCGUGUGUGAUGGAGUCAACGACUGUGGAGACUAUUCAGACGAAAACAAAUGCACUUGCACUCCGAAUCAGUACAAAUGCAAUAACAGUAACACCGAAUGUUUGGACCCACUCUACGUCUGCGAUGGAGAAACUGACUGUAGUGAUGGAUCUGAUGAAAGCAAUUGUGAAAGAGAGUGUUCCAACAGUGAAUUCCGCUGUGUCGAUAAGAAGCAUUGCAUCCCUGGACAUCUUUACUGUGAUGGGGAGCCCGACUGUGCAGACCAGAGUGAUGAGACUCCAAACUGCCAAUGCCGCUCAGACCAAAUCCGUUGUGCCAAUGGAAGCUGCCUUGGAAUAGUGUUCGUGUGUGAUGGAGUCAACGACUGUGGAGACUAUUCAGACGAAAGCAAAUGCACUUGCACUCCGAAUCAGUACAAAUGCAAUAACAGUAACACCGAAUGUUUGGACCCACUCUACGUCUGCGAUGGAGAAACUGACUGUAGUGAUGGAUCUGAUGAAAACAACUGUGAAAGAGAGUGUUCCAACAGUGAGUUCCGCUGUGCCGAUAAGAAGCAUUGCAUCCCUGGACAUCUUUACUGUGAUGGGGAGCCCGACUGUGCAGACCAGAGUGAUGAGACUCCAAACUGCCAAUGCCGCUCAGACCAAAUCCGUUGUGCCAAUGGAAGCUGCCUUGGAAUAGUGUUCGUGUGUGAUGGAGUCAACGACUGUGGAGACUAUUCAGACGAAAGCAACUGCACUUGCACUCUGAAUCAGUACAAAUGCAAUAACAGUAACACCAAAUGUUUGGACCCACUCUACGUCUGCGAUGGAGAAACUGACUGUAGUGAUGGAUCUGAUGAAAACAACUGUGAAAGAGAGUGUUCCAACAGUGAGUUCCGCUGUGCCGAUAAGAAGCAUUGCAUCCCUGGACAUUUUUACUGUGAUGGGGAGCCCGACUGUGCAGACCAGAGUGAUGAGACUCCAAACUGCCAAUGCCGCUCAGACCAAAUCCGUUGUGCCAAUGGAAGCUGCCUUGGAAUAGUGUUCGUGUGUGAUGGAGUCAACGACUGUGGAGACUAUUCAGACGAAAACAAAUGCACUUGCACUCCGAAUCAGUACAAAUGCAAUAACAGUAACACCGAAUGUUUGGACCCACUCUACGUCUGCGAUGGAGAAACUGACUGUAGUGAUGGAUCUGAUGAAAGCAAUUGUGAAAGAGAGUGUUCCAACAGUGAGUUCCGCUGUGCCGAUAAGCAUUGCAUCCCUGGACAUCUUUACUGUGAUGGGGAGCCCGACUGUGCAGACCAGAGUGAUGAGACUCCAAACUGCCAAUGCCGCUCAGACCAAAUCCGUUGUGCCAAUGGAAGCUGCCUUGGAAUAGUGUUCGUGUGUGAUGGAGUCAACGACUGUGGAGACUAUUCAGACGAAAGCAAAUGCACUUGCACUCCGAAUCAGUACAAAUGCAAUAACAGUAACACCGAAUGUUUGGACCCACUCUACGUCUGCGAUGGAGAAACUGACUGUAGUGAUGGAUCUGAUGAAAACAACUGUGAAAGAGAUUGUUCCGACAGUGAGUUUCGCUGUGCCGAUAAGAAGCAUUGCAUCCCUGGACAUCUUUACUGUGAUGGGGAGCCCGACUGUGCAGACCAGAGUGAUCAGACUCCAAACUGCCAAUGCCGCUCAGACCAAAUCCUUUGUGGCAAUGGAACCUGCCUUGGAAUAGUGUUCGUGUGUGAUGGAGUCAACGACUGUGGAGACUAUUCAGACGAAAGCAACUGCACUUGCACUCCGAAUCAGUACAAAUGCAAUAACAGUAACACCGAUUGUUUGGACCCACUCUACGUCUGCGAUGGAGAAACUGACUGUAGUGAUGGAUCUGAUGAAAGCAACUGUGAAAGAGAGUGUUCCAACAGUGAGUUCCGCUGUGCCGAUAAGCAUUGCAUCCCUGGACAUCUUUACUGUGAUGGGGAGCCCGACUGUGCAGACCAGAGUGAUGAGACUCCAAACUGCCAAUGCCGCUCAGACCAAAUCCGUUGUGCCAAUGGAAGCUGCCUUGGAAUAGUGUUCGUGUGUGAUGGAGUCAACGACUGUGGAGACUAUUCAGACGAAAGCAAAUGCACUUGCACUCCGAAUCAGUACAAAUGCAAUAACAGUAACACCGAAUGUUUGGACCCACUCUACGUCUGCGAUGGAGAAACUGACUGUAGUGAUGGAUCUGAUGAAAUCAACUGUGAAAGAGAGUGUUCCAACAGUGAGUUCCGCUGUGCCGAUAAGAAGCAUUGCAUCCCUGGACAUCUUUACUGUGAUGGGGAGCCCGACUGUGCAGACCAGAGUGAUGAGACUCCAAACUGCCAAUGCCGCUCAGACCAAAUCCGUUGUGCCAAUGGAAGCUGCCUUGGAAUAGUGUUCGUGUGUGAUGGAGUCAACGACUGUGGAGACUAUUCAGACGAAAACAAAUGCACUUGCACUCCGAAUCAGUACAAAUGCAAUAACAGUAACACCGAAUGUUUGGACCCACUCUACGUCUGCGAUGGAGAAACUGACUGUAGUGAUGGAUCUGAUGAAAGCAAUUGUGAAAGAGAGUGUUCCAACAGUGAAUUCCGCUGUGUCGAUAAGAAGCAUUGCAUCCCUGGACAUCUUUACUGUGAUGGGGAGCCCGACUGUGCAGACCAGAGUGAUGAGACUCCAAACUGCCAAUGCCGCUCAGACCAAAUCCGUUGUGCCAAUGGAAGCUGCCUUGGAAUAGUGUUCGUGUGUGAUGGAGUCAACGACUGUGGAGACUAUUCAGACGAAAGCAAAUGCACUUGCACUCCGAAUCAGUACAAAUGCAAUAACAGUAACACCGAAUGUUUGGACCCACUCUACGUCUGCGAUGGAGAAACUGACUGUAGUGAUGGAUCUGAUGAAAACAACUGUGAAAGAGAGUGUUCCAACAGUGAGUUCCGCUGUGCCGAUAAGAAGCAUUGCAUCCCUGGACAUCUUUACUGUGAUGGGGAGCCCGACUGUGCAGACCAGAGUGAUGAGACUCCAAACUGCCAAUGCCGCUCAGACCAAAUCCGUUGUGCCAAUGGAAGCUGCCUUGGAAUAGUGUUCGUGUGUGAUGGAGUCAACGACUGUGGAGACUAUUCAGACGAAAGCAACUGCACUUGCACUCUGAAUCAGUACAAAUGCAAUAACAGUAACACCAAAUGUUUGGACCCACUCUACGUCUGCGAUGGAGAAACUGACUGUAGUGAUGGAUCUGAUGAAAACAACUGUGAAAGAGAGUGUUCCAACAGUGAGUUCCGCUGUGCCGAUAAGAAGCAUUGCAUCCCUGGACAUUUUUACUGUGAUGGGGAGCCCGACUGUGCAGACCAGAGUGAUGAGACUCCAAACUGCCAAUGCCGCUCAGACCAAAUCCGUUGUGCCAAUGGAAGCUGCCUUGGAAUAGUGUUCGUGUGUGAUGGAGUCAACGACUGUGGAGACUAUUCAGACGAAAACAAAUGCACUUGCACUCCGAAUCAGUACAAAUGCAAUAACAGUAACACCGAAUGUUUGGACCCACUCUACGUCUGCGAUGGAGAAACUGACUGUAGUGAUGGAUCUGAUGAAAGCAAUUGUGAAAGAGAGUGUUCCAACAGUGAGUUCCGCUGUGCCGAUAAGCAUUGCAUCCCUGGACAUCUUUACUGUGAUGGGGAGCCCGACUGUGCAGACCAGAGUGAUGAGACUCCAAACUGCCAAUGCCGCUCAGACCAAAUCCGUUGUGCCAAUGGAAGCUGCCUUGGAAUAGUGUUCGUGUGUGAUGGAGUCAACGACUGUGGAGACUAUUCAGACGAAAGCAAAUGCACUUGCACUCCGAAUCAGUACAAAUGCAAUAACAGUAACACCGAAUGUUUGGACCCACUCUACGUCUGCGAUGGAGAAACUGACUGUAGUGAUGGAUCUGAUGAAAACAACUGUGAAAGAGAUUGUUCCGACAGUGAGUUUCGCUGUGCCGAUAAGAAGCAUUGCAUCCCUGGACAUCUUUACUGUGAUGGGGAGCCCGACUGUGCAGACCAGAGUGAUCAGACUCCAAACUGCCAAUGCCGCUCAGACCAAAUCCUUUGUGGCAAUGGAACCUGCCUUGGAAUAGUGUUCGUGUGUGAUGGAGUCAACGACUGUGGAGACUAUUCAGACGAAAGCAACUGCACUUGCACUCCGAAUCAGUACAAAUGCAAUAACAGUAACACCGAUUGUUUGGACCCACUCUACGUCUGCGAUGGAGAAACUGACUGUAGUGAUGGAUCUGAUGAAAGCAACUGUGAAAGAGAGUGUUCCAACAGUGAGUUCCGCUGUGCCGAUAAGCAUUGCAUCCCUGGACAUCUUUACUGUGAUGGGGAGCCCGACUGUGCAGACCAGAGUGAUGAGACUCCAAACUGCCAAUGCCGCUCAGACCAAAUCCGUUGUGCCAAUGGAAGCUGCCUUGGAAUAGUGUUCGUGUGUGAUGGAGUCAACGACUGUGGAGACUAUUCAGACGAAAGCAAAUGCACUUGCACUCCGAAUCAGUACAAAUGCAAUAACAGUAACACCGAAUGUUUGGACCCACUCUACGUCUGCGAUGGAGAAACUGACUGUAGUGAUGGAUCUGAUGAAAACAACUGUGAAAGAGAUUGUUCCGACAGUGAGUUUCGCUGUGCCGAUAAGAAGCAUUGCAUCCCUGGACAUCUUUACUGUGAUGGGGAGCCCGACUGUGCAGACCAGAGUGAUCAGACUCCAAACUGCCAAUGCCGCUCAGACCAAAUCCUUUGUGGCAAUGGAACCUGCCUUGGAAUAGUGUUCGUGUGUGAUGGAGUCAACGACUGUGGAGACUAUUCAGACGAAAGCAACUGCACUUGCACUCCGAAUCAGUACAAAUGCAAUAACAGUAACACCGAUUGUUUGGACCCACUCUACGUCUGCGAUGGAGAAACUGACUGUAGUGAUGGAUCUGAUGAAAGCAACUGUGAAAGAGCGUGUUCCAACAGUGAGUUCCGCUGUGCCGAUAAGAAGCAUUGCAUCCCUGGACAUCUUUACUGUGAUGGGGAGCCCGACUGUGCAGACCAGAGUGAUGAGACUCCAAACUGCCAAUGCCGCUCAGACCAAAUCCGUUGUGCCAAUGGAAGCUGCCUUGGAAUAGUGUUCGUGUGUGAUGGAGUCAACGACUGUGGAGACUAUUCAGACGAAAGCAACUGCACUUGCACUCCGAAUCAGUACAAAUGCAAUAACAGUAACACCGAAUGUUUGGACCCACUCUACGUCUGCGAUGGAGAAACUGACUGUAGUGAUGGAUCUGAUGAAAGCAACUGUGAAAGAGCGUGUUCCAACAGUGAGUUCCGCUGUGCCGAUAAGAAGCAUUGCAUCCCUGGACAUCUUUACUGUGAUGGGGAGCCCGACUGUGCAGACCAGAGUGAUGAGACUCCAAACUGCCAAUGCCGCUCAGACCAAAUCCGUUGUGCCAAUGGAAGCUGCCUUGGAAUAGUGUUCGUGUGUGAUGGAGUCAACGACUGUGGAGACUAUUCAGACGAAAGCAACUGCACUUGCACUCCGAAUCAGUACAAAUGCAAUAACAGUAACACCGAAUGUUUGGACCCACUCUACGUCUGCGAUGGAGAAACUGACUGUAGUGAUGGAUCUGAUGAAAGCAACUGUGAAAGAGCGUGUUCCAACAGUGAGUUCCGCUGUGCCGAUAAGAAGCAUUGCAUCCCUGGACAUCUUUACUGUGAUGGGGAGCCCGACUGUGCAGACCAGAGUGAUGAGACUCCAAACUGCCAAUGCCGCUCAGACCAAAUCCGUUGUGCCAAUGGAAGCUGCCUUGGAAUAGUGUUCGUGUGUGAUGGAGUCAACGACUGUGGAGACUAUUCAGACGAAAUCAACUGCACUUGCACUCCGAAUCAGUACAAAUGCAAUAACAGUAACACCGAAUGUUUGGACCCACUCUACGUCUGCGAUGGAGAAACUGACUGUAGUGAUGGAUCUGAUGAAAGUAACUGUGAAAGAGAGUGUUCGAACAGUGAGUUCCACUGUGCCGAUAAGAAGCAUUGCAUCCCUGGACAUCUUUACUGUGAUGGGGAGCCCGACUGUGCAGACCAGAGUGAUGAGACUCCAAACUGCCAAUGCCACUCAGACCAAAUCCGUUGUGCCAAUGGAAGCUGCCUUGGAAUAGUGUUCGUGUGUGAUGGAGUCAACGACUGUGGAGACUAUUCAGACGAAAGCAACUGCACUUGCACUCCGAAUCAGUACAAAUGCAAUAACAGUAACACCGAAUGUUUGGACCCACUCUACGUCUGCGAUGGAGAAACUGACUGUAGUGAUGGAUCUGAUGAAAGCAACUGUGAAAGAGAGUGUUCGAACAGUGAGUUCCGCUGUGCCGAUAAGAAGCAUUGCAUCCCUGGACAUCUUUACUGUGAUGGGGAGCCCGACUGUGCAGACCAGAGUGAUGAGAUUCCAAACUGCCAAUGCCACUCAGACCAAAUCCGUUGUGCCAAUGGAAGCUGCCUUGGAAUAGUGUUCGUGUGUGAUGGAGUCAACGACUGUGGAGACUAUUCAGACGAAAGCAACUGCACUUGCACUCCGAAUCAGUACAAAUGCCAUAACAGUAACACCGAAUGUUUGGACCCACUCUACGUCUGCGAUGGAGAAACUGACUGUAGUGAUGGAUCUGAUGAAAUCAACUGUGAAAGAGAGUGUUCCAACAGUGAGUUCCGCUGUGCCGAUAAGAAGCAUUGCAUCCCUGGACAUCUUUACUGUGAUGGGGAGCCCGACUGUGCAGACCAGAGUGAUGAGACUCCAAACUGCCAAUGCCGCUCAGACCAAAUCCGUUGUGCCAAUGGAAGCUGCCUUGGAAUAGUGUUCGUGUGUGAUGGAGUCAACGACUGUGGAGACUAUUCAGACGAAAGCAACUGCACUUGCACUCCGAAUCAGUACAAAUGCAAUAACAGUAACACCGAAUGUUUGGACCCACUCUACGUCUGCGAUGGAGAAACUGACUGUAGUGAUGGAUCUGAUGAAAGCAACUGUGAAAGAGCGUGUUCCAACAGUGAGUUCCGCUGUGCCGAUAAGAAGCAUUGCAUCCCUGGACAUCUUUACUGUGAUGGGGAGCCCGACUGUGCAGACCAGAGUGAUGAGACUCCAAACUGCCAAUGCCGCUCAGACCAAAUCCGUUGUGCCAAUGGAAGCUGCCUUGGAAUAGUGUUCGUGUGUGAUGGAGUCAACGACUGUGGAGACUAUUCAGACGAAAGCAACUGCACUUGCACUCCGAAUCAGUACAAAUGCAAUAACAGUAACACCGAAUGUUUGGACCCACUCUACGUCUGCGAUGGAGAAACUGACUGUAGUGAUGGAUCUGAUGAAAGCAACUGUGAAAGAGAGUGUUCGAACAGUGAGUUCCGCUGUGCCGAUAAGAAGCAUUGCAUCCCUGGACAUCUUUACUGUGAUGGGGAGCCCGACUGUGCAGACCAGAGUGAUGAGACUCCAAACUGCCAAUGCCACUCAGACCAAAUCCGUUGUGCCAAUGGAAGCUGCCUUGGAAUAGUGUUCGUGUGUGAUGGAGUCAACGACUGUGGAGACUAUUCAGACGAAAGCAACUGCACUUGCACUCCGAAUCAGUACAAAUGCCAUAACAGUAACACCGAAUGUUUGGACCCACUCUACGUCUGCGAUGGAGAAACUGACUGUAGUGAUGGAUCUGAUGAAAUCAACUGUGAAAGAGAGUGUUCCAACAGUGAGUUCCGCUGUGCCGAUAAGAAGCAUUGCAUCCCUGGACAUCUUUACUGUGAUGGGGAGCCCGACUGUGCAGACCAGAGUGAUGAGACUCCAAACUGCCAAUGCCGCUCAGACCAAAUCCGUUGUGCCAAUGGAAGCUGCCUUGGAAUAGUGUUCGUGUGUGAUGGAGUCAACGACUGUGGAGACUAUUCAGACGAAAGCAACUGCACUUGCACUCCGAAUCAGUACAAAUGCAAUAACAGUAACACCGAAUGUUUGGACCCACUCUACGUCUGCGAUGGAGAAACUGACUGUAGUGAUGGAUCUGAUGAAAGCAACUGUGAAAGAGCGUGUUCCAACAGUGAGUUCCGCUGUGCCGAUAAGAAGCAUUGCAUCCCUGGACAUCUUUACUGUGAUGGGGAGCCCGACUGUGCAGACCAGAGUGAUGAGACUCCAAACUGCCAAUGCCGCUCAGACCAAAUCCGUUGUGCCAAUGGAAGCUGCCUUGGAAUAGUGUUCGUGUGUGAUGGAGUCAACGACUGUGGAGACUAUUCAGACGAAAGCAACUGCACUUGCACUCCGAAUCAGUACAAAUGCCAUAACAGUAACACCGAAUGUUUGGACCCACUCUACGUCUGCGAUGGAGAAACUGACUGUAGUGAUGGAUCUGAUGAAAUCAACUGUGAAAGAGAGUGUUCCAACAGUGAGUUCCGCUGUGCCGAUAAGAAGCAUUGCAUCCCUGGACAUCUUUACUGUGAUGGGGAGCCCGACUGUGCAGACCAGAGUGAUGAGACUCCAAACUGCCAAUGCCGCUCAGACCAAAUCCGUUGUGCCAAUGGAAGCUGCCUUGGAAUAGUGUUCGUGUGUGAUGGAGUCAACGACUGUGGAGACUAUUCAGACGAAAGCAACUGCACUUGCACUCCGAAUCAGUACAAAUGCAAUAACAGUAACACCGAAUGUUUGGACCCACUCUACGUCUGCGAUGGAGAAACUGACUGUAGUGAUGGAUCUGAUGAAAGCAACUGUGAAAGAGCGUGUUCCAACAGUGAGUUCCGCUGUGCCGAUAAGAAGCAUUGCAUCCCUGGACAUCUUUACUGUGAUGGGGAGCCCGACUGUGCAGACCAGAGUGAUGAGACUCCAAACUGCCAAUGCCGCUCAGACCAAAUCCGUUGUGCCAAUGGAAGCUGCCUUGGAAUAGUGUUCGUGUGUGAUGGAGUCAACGACUGUGGAGACUAUUCAGACGAAAGCAACUGCACUUGCACUCCGAAUCAGUACAAAUGCAAUAACAGUAACACCGAAUGUUUGGACCCACUCUACGUCUGCGAUGGAGAAACUGACUGUAGUGAUGGAUCUGAUGAAAGCAACUGUGAAAGAGAGUGUUCGAACAGUGAGUUCCGCUGUGCCGAUAAGAAGCAUUGCAUCCCUGGACAUCUUUACUGUGAUGGGGAGCCCGACUGUGCAGACCAGAGUGAUGAGACUCCAAACUGCCAAUGCCACUCAGACCAAAUCCGUUGUGCCAAUGGAAGCUGCCUUGGAAUAGUGUUCGUGUGUGAUGGAGUCAACGACUGUGGAGACUAUUCAGACGAAAGCAACUGCACUUGCACUCCGAAUCAGUACAAAUGCCAUAACAGUAACACCGAAUGUUUGGACCCACUCUACGUCUGCGAUGGAGAAACUGACUGUAGUGAUGGAUCUGAUGAAAGCAACUGUGAAAGAGCGUGUUCCAACAGUGAGUUCCGCUGUGCCGAUAAGAAGCAUUGCAUCCCUGGACAUCUUUACUGUGAUGGGGAGCCCGACUGUGCAGACCAGAGUGAUGAGACUCCAAACUGCCAAUGCCGCUCAGACCAAAUCCGUUGUGCCAAUGGAAGCUGCCUUGGAAUAGUGUUCGUGUGUGAUGGAGUCAACGACUGUGGAGACUAUUCAGACGAAAGCAACUGCACUUGCACUCCGAAUCAGUACAAAUGCAAUAACAGUAACACCGAAUGUUUGGACCCACUCUACGUCUGCGAUGGAGAAACUGACUGUAGUGAUGGAUCUGAUGAAAGCAACUGUGAAAGAGAGUGUUCGAACAGUGAGUUCCGCUGUGCCGAUAAGAAGCAUUGCAUCCCUGGACAUCUUUACUGUGAUGGGGAGCCCGACUGUGCAGACCAGAGUGAUGAGACUCCAAACUGCCAAUGCCACUCAGACCAAAUCCGUUGUGCCAAUGGAAGCUGCCUUGGAAUAGUGUUCGUGUGUGAUGGAGUCAACGACUGUGGAGACUAUUCAGACGAAAGCAACUGCACUUGCACUCCGAAUCAGUACAAAUGCCAUAACAGUAACACCGAAUGUUUGGACCCACUCUACGUCUGCGAUGGAGAAACUGACUGUAGUGAUGGAUCUGAUGAAAUCAACUGUGAAAGAGAGUGUUCCAACAGUGAGUUCCGCUGUGCCGAUAAGAAGCAUUGCAUCCCUGGACAUCUUUACUGUGAUGGGGAGCCCGACUGUGCAGACCAGAGUGAUGAGACUCCAAACUGCCAAUGCCGCUCAGACCAAAUCCGUUGUGCCAAUGGAAGCUGCCUUGGAAUAGUGUUCGUGUGUGAUGGAGUCAACGACUGUGGAGACUAUUCAGACGAAAGCAACUGCACUUGCACUCCGAAUCAGUACAAAUGCAAUAACAGUAACACCGAAUGUUUGGACCCACUCUACGUCUGCGAUGGAGAAACUGACUGUAGUGAUGGAUCUGAUGAAAGCAACUGUGAAAGAGCGUGUUCCAACAGUGAGUUCCGCUGUGCCGAUAAGAAGCAUUGCAUCCCUGGACAUCUUUACUGUGAUGGGGAGCCCGACUGUGCAGACCAGAGUGAUGAGACUCCAAACUGCCAAUGCCGCUCAGACCAAAUCCGUUGUGCCAAUGGAAGCUGCCUUGGAAUAGUGUUCGUGUGUGAUGGAGUCAACGACUGUGGAGACUAUUCAGACGAAAGCAACUGCACUUGCACUCCGAAUCAGUACAAAUGCAAUAACAGUAACACCGAAUGUUUGGACCCACUCUACGUCUGCGAUGGAGAAACUGACUGUAGUGAUGGAUCUGAUGAAAUCAACUGUGAAAGAGAGUGUUCCAACAGUGAGUUCCGCUGUGCCGAUAAGAAGCAUUGCAUGCCUGGACAUCUUUACUGUGAUGGGGAGCCCGACUGUGCAGACCAGAGUGAUGAGACUCCAAACUGCCAAUGCCGCUCAGACCAAAUCCGUUGUGCCAAUGGAAGCUGCCUUGGAAUAGUGUUCGUGUGUGAUGGAGUCAACGACUGUGGAGACUAUUCAGACGAAAGCAACUGCACUUGCACUCCGAAUCAGUACAAAUGCAAUAACAGUAACACCGAAUGUUUGGACCCACUCUACGUCUGCGAUGGAGAAACUGACUGUAGUGAUGGAUCUGAUGAAAUCAACUGUGAAAGAGAGUGUUCCAACAGUGAGUUCCGCUGUGCCGAUAAGAAGCAUUGCAUCCCUGGACAUCUUUACUGUGAUGGGGAGCCCGACUGUGCAGACCAGAGUGAUGAGACUCCAAACUGCCAAUGCCGCUCAGACCAAAUCCGUUGUGCCAAUGGAAGCUGCCUUGGAAUAGUGUUCGUGUGUGAUGGAGUCAACGACUGUGGAGACUAUUCAGACGAAAGCAACUGCACUUGCACUCCGAAUCAGUACAAAUGCAAUAACAGUAACACCGAAUGUUUGGACCCACUCUACGUCUGCGAUGGAGAAACUGACUGUAGUGAUGGAUCUGAUGAAAGCAACUGUGAAAGAGCGUGUUCCAACAGUGAGUUCCGCUGUGCCGAUAAGAAGCAUUGCAUCCCUGGACAUCUUUACUGUGAUGGGGAGCCCGACUGUGCAGACCAGAGUGAUGAGACUCCAAACUGCCAAUGCCGCUCAGACCAAAUCCGUUGUGCCAAUGGAAGCUGCCUUGGAAUAGUGUUCGUGUGUGAUGGAGUCAACGACUGUGGAGACUAUUCAGACGAAAGCAACUGCACUUGCACUCCGAAUCAGUACAAAUGCAAUAACAGUAACACCGAAUGUUUGGACCCACUCUACGUCUGCGAUGGAGAAACUGACUGUAGUGAUGGAUCUGAUGAAAGCAACUGUGAAAGAGAGUGUUCCAACAGUGAGUUCCGCUGUGCCGAUAAGAAGCAUUGCAUCCCUGGACAUCUUUACUGUGAUGGGGAGCCCGACUGUGCAGACCAGAGUGAUGAGACUCCAAACUGCCAAUGCCGCUCAGACCAAAUCCGUUGUGCCAAUGGAAGCUGCCUUGGAAUAGUGUUCGUGUGUGAUGGAGUCAACGACUGUGGGGACUAUUCAGACGAAAGCAAAUGCACUUGCACUCCGAAUCAGUACAAAUGCAAUAACAGUAACACCGAAUGUUUGGACCCACUCUACGUCUGCGAUGGAGAAACUGACUGUAGUGAUGGAUCUGAUGAAAGCAACUGUGAAAGAGCGUGUUCCAACAGUGAGUUCCGCUGUGCCGAUAAGAAGCAUUGCAUCCCUGGACAUCUUUACUGUGAUGGGGAGCCCGACUGUGCAGACCAGAGUGAUGAGACUCCAAACUGCCAAUGCCGCUCAGACCAAAUCCGUUGUGCCAAUGGAAGCUGCCUUGGAAUAGUGUUCGUGUGUGAUGGAGUCAACGACUGUGGAGACUAUUCAGACGAAAGCAACUGCACUUGCACUCCGAAUCAGUACAAAUGCAAUAACAGUAACACCGAAUGUUUGGACCCACUCUACGUCUGCGAUGGAGAAACUGACUGUAGUGAUGGAUCUGAUGAAAGCAACUGUGAAAGAGAGUGUUCCAACAGUGAGUUCCGCUGUGCCGAUAAGAAGCAUUGCAUCCCUGGACAUCUUUACUGUGAUGGGGAGCCCGACUGUGCAGACCAGAGUGAUGAGACUCCAAACUGCCAAUGCCGCUCAGACCAAAUCCGUUGUGCCAAUGGAAGCUGCCUUGGAAUAGUGUUCGUGUGUGAUGGAGUCAACGACUGUGGGGACUAUUCAGACGAAAGCAAAUGCACUUGCACUCCGAAUCAGUACAAAUGCAAUAACAGUAACACCGAAUGUUUGGACCCACUCUACGUCUGCGAUGGAGAAACUGACUGUAGUGAUGGAUCUGAUGAAAGCAACUGUGAAAGAGCGUGUUCCAACAGUGAGUUCCGCUGUGCCGAUAAGAAGCAUUGCAUCCCUGGACAUCUUUACUGUGAUGGGGAGCCCGACUGUGCAGACCAGAGUGAUGAGACUCCAAACUGCCAAUGCCGCUCAGACCAAAUCCGUUGUGCCAAUGGAAGCUGCCUUGGAAUAGUGUUCGUGUGUGAUGGAGUCAACGACUGUGGAGACUAUUCAGACGAAAGCAACUGCACUUGCACUCCGAAUCAGUACAAAUGCAAUAACAGUAACACCGAAUGUUUGGACCCACUCUACGUCUGCGAUGGAGAAACUGACUGUAGUGAUGGAUCUGAUGAAAGCAACUGUGAAAGAGAGUGUUCCAACAGUGAGUUCCGCUGUGCCGAUAAGAAGCAUUGCAUCCCUGGACAUCUUUACUGUGAUGGGGAGCCCGACUGUGCAGACCAGAGUGAUGAGACUCCAAACUGCCAAUGCCGCUCAGACCAAAUCCGUUGUGCCAAUGGAAGCUGCCUUGGAAUAGUGUUCGUGUGUGAUGGAGUCAACGACUGUGGGGACUAUUCAGACGAAAGCAAAUGCACUUGCACUCCGAAUCAGUACAAAUGCAAUAACAGUAACACCGAAUGUUUGGACCCACUCUACGUCUGCGAUGGAGAAACUGACUGUAGUGAUGGAUCUGAUGAAAGCAACUGUGAAAGAGCGUGUUCCAACAGUGAGUUCCGCUGUGCCGAUAAGAAGCAUUGCAUCCCUGGACAUCUUUACUGUGAUGGGGAGCCCGACUGUGCAGACCAGAGUGAUGAGACUCCAAACUGCCAAUGCCGCUCAGACCAAAUCCGUUGUGCCAAUGGAAGCUGCCUUGGAAUAGUGUUCGUGUGUGAUGGAGUCAACGACUGUGGAGACUAUUCAGACGAAAGCAACUGCACUUGCACUCCGAAUCAGUACAAAUGCAAUAACAGUAACACCGAAUGUUUGGACCCACUCUACGUCUGCGAUGGAGAAACUGACUGUAGUGAUGGAUCUGAUGAAAGCAACUGUGAAAGAGAGUGUUCCAACAGUGAGUUCCGCUGUGCCGAUAAGAAGCAUUGCAUCCCUGGACAUCUUUACUGUGAUGGGGAGCCCGACUGUGCAGACCAGAGUGAUGAGACUCCAAACUGCCAAUGCCGCUCAGACCAAAUCCGUUGUGCCAAUGGAAGCUGCCUUGGAAUAGUGUUCGUGUGUGAUGGAGUCAACGACUGUGGGGACUAUUCAGACGAAAGCAAAUGCACUUGCACUCCGAAUCAGUACAAAUGCAAUAACAGUAACACCGAAUGUUUGGACCCACUCUACGUCUGCGAUGGAGAAACUGACUGUAGUGAUGGAUCUGAUGAAAGCAACUGUGAAAGAGAGUGUUCCAACAGUGAGUUCCGCUGUGCCGAUAAGAAGCAUUGCAUCCCUGGACAUCUUUACUGUGAUGGGGAGCCCGACUGUGCAGACCAGAGUGAUGAGACUCCAAACUGCCAAUGCCGCUCAGACCAAAUCCGUUGUGCCAAUGGAAGCUGCCUUGGAAUAGUGUUCGUGUGUGAUGGAGUCAACGACUGUGGGGACUAUUCAGACGAAAGCAAAUGCACUUGCACUCCGAAUCAGUACAAAUGCAAUAACAGUAACACCGAAUGUUUGGACCCACUCUACGUCUGCGAUGGAGAAACUGACUGUAGUGAGGGAUCUGAUGAAAGCAACUGUGAAAGAGAGUGUUCCAACAGUGAGUUCCGCUGUGCCGAUAAGAAGCAUUGCAUCCCUGGACAUCUUUACUGUGAUGGGGAGCCCGACUGUGCAGACCAGAGUGAUGAGACUCCAAACUGCCAAUGCCGCUCAGACCAAAUCCGUUGUGCCAAUGGAAGCUGCCUUGGAAUAGUGUUCGUGUGUGAUGGAGUCAACGACUGUGGGGACUAUUCAGACGAAAGCAAAUGCACUUGCACUCCGAAUCAGUACAAAUGCAAUAACAGUAACACCGAAUGUUUGGACCCACUCUACGUCUGCGAUGGAGAAACUGACUGUAGUGAUGGAUCUGAUGAAAGCAACUGUGAAAGAGCGUGUUCCAACAGUGAGUUCCGCUGUGCCGAUAAGAAGCAUUGCAUCCCUGGACAUCUUUACUGUGAUGGGGAGCCCGACUGUGCAGACCAGAGUGAUGAGACUCCAAACUGCCAAUGCCGCUCAGACCAAAUCCGUUGUGCCAAUGGAAGCUGCCUUGGAAUAGUGUUCGUGUGUGAUGGAGUCAACGACUGUGGAGACUAUUCAGACGAAAGCAACUGCACUUGCACUCCGAAUCAGUACAAAUGCAAUAACAGUAACACCGAAUGUUUGGACCCACUCUACGUCUGCGAUGGAGAAACUGACUGUAGUGAUGGAUCUGAUGAAAUCAACUGUGAAAGAGAGUGUUCCAACAGUGAGUUCCGCUGUGCCGAUAAGAAGCAUUGCAUGCCUGGACAUCUUUACUGUGAUGGGGAGCCCGACUGUGCAGACCAGAGUGAUGAGACUCCAAACUGCCAAUGCCGCUCAGACCAAAUCCGUUGUGCCAAUGGAAGCUGCCUUGGAAUAGUGUUCGUGUGUGAUGGAGUCAACGACUGUGGAGACUAUUCAGACGAAAGCAACUGCACUUGCACUCCGAAUCAGUACAAAUGCAAUAACAGUAACACCGAAUGUUUGGACCCACUCUACGUCUGCGAUGGAGAAACUGACUGUAGUGAUGGAUCUGAUGAAAUCAACUGUGAAAGAGAGUGUUCCAACAGUGAGUUCCGCUGUGCCGAUAAGAAGCAUUGCAUCCCUGGACAUCUUUACUGUGAUGGGGAGCCCGACUGUGCAGACCAGAGUGAUGAGACUCCAAACUGCCAAUGCCGCUCAGACCAAAUCCGUUGUGCCAAUGGAAGCUGCCUUGGAAUAGUGUUCGUGUGUGAUGGAGUCAACGACUGUGGAGACUAUUCAGACGAAAGCAACUGCACUUGCACUCCGAAUCAGUACAAAUGCAAUAACAGUAACACCGAAUGUUUGGACCCACUCUACGUCUGCGAUGGAGAAACUGACUGUAGUGAUGGAUCUGAUGAAAGCAACUGUGAAAGAGCGUGUUCCAACAGUGAGUUCCGCUGUGCCGAUAAGAAGCAUUGCAUCCCUGGACAUCUUUACUGUGAUGGGGAGCCCGACUGUGCAGACCAGAGUGAUGAGACUCCAAACUGCCAAUGCCGCUCAGACCAAAUCCGUUGUGCCAAUGGAAGCUGCCUUGGAAUAGUGUUCGUGUGUGAUGGAGUCAACGACUGUGGAGACUAUUCAGACGAAAGCAACUGCACUUGCACUCCGAAUCAGUACAAAUGCAAUAACAGUAACACCGAAUGUUUGGACCCACUCUACGUCUGCGAUGGAGAAACUGACUGUAGUGAUGGAUCUGAUGAAAGCAACUGUGAAAGAGAGUGUUCCAACAGUGAGUUCCGCUGUGCCGAUAAGAAGCAUUGCAUCCCUGGACAUCUUUACUGUGAUGGGGAGCCCGACUGUGCAGACCAGAGUGAUGAGACUCCAAACUGCCAAUGCCGCUCAGACCAAAUCCGUUGUGCCAAUGGAAGCUGCCUUGGAAUAGUGUUCGUGUGUGAUGGAGUCAACGACUGUGGGGACUAUUCAGACGAAAGCAAAUGCACUUGCACUCCGAAUCAGUACAAAUGCAAUAACAGUAACACCGAAUGUUUGGACCCACUCUACGUCUGCGAUGGAGAAACUGACUGUAGUGAUGGAUCUGAUGAAAGCAACUGUGAAAGAGAGUGUUCCAACAGUGAGUUCCGCUGUGCCGAUAAGAAGCAUUGCAUCCCUGGACAUCUUUACUGUGAUGGGGAGCCCGACUGUGCAGACCAGAGUGAUGAGACUCCAAACUGCCAAUGCCGCUCAGACCAAAUCCGUUGUGCCAAUGGAAGCUGCCUUGGAAUAGUGUUCGUGUGUGAUGGAGUCAACGACUGUGGAGACUAUUCAGACGAAAGCAACUGCACUUGCACUCCGAAUCAAUACAAAUGCAAUAACAGUAACACCGAAUGUUUGGACCCACUCUACGUCUGCGAUGGAGAAAAUGACUGUAGUGAUGGAUCUGAUGAAAGCAACUGUGAAAGAGAGUGUUCCAACAGUGAGUUCCGCUGUGCCGAUAAGAAGCAUUGCAUCCCUGGACACCUUUACUGUGAUGGGGAGCCCGACUGUGCAGACCAGAGUGAUGAGACUCCAAACUGCCAAUGCCGCUCAGACCAAAUCCGUUGUGCCAAUGGAAUCUGCCUUGGAAUAGUGUUCGUGUGUGAUGGAGUCAACGACUGUGGAGACUAUUCAGACGAAAGCAACUGCACUUGCACUCCGAAUCAAUACAAAUGCAAUAACAGUAACACCGAAUGUUUGGACCCACUCUACGUCUGCGAUGGAGAAAAUGACUGUAGUGAUGGAUCUGAUGAAAGCAACUGUGAAAGAGAGUGUUCCAACAGUGAGUUCCGCUGUGCCGAUAAGAAGCAUUGCAUCCCUGGACACCUUUACUGUGAUGGGGAGCCCGACUGUGCAGACCAGAGUGAUGAGACUCCAAACUGCCAAUGCCGCUCAGACCAAAUCCGUUGUGCCAAUGGAACCUGCCUUGGAAUAGUGUUCGUGUGUGAUGGAGUCAACGACUGUGGAGACUAUUCAGACGAAAGCAACUGCACUUGCACUCCGAAUCAAUACAAAUGCAAUAACAGUAACACCGAAUGUUUGGACCCACUCUACGUCUGCGAUGGAGAAACUGACUGUAGUGAUGGAUCUGAUGAAAGCAACUGUGAAAGAGAGUGUUCCAACAGUGAGUUCCGCUGUGCCGAUAAGAAGCAUUGCAUCCCUGGACAUCUUUACUGUGAUGGGGAGCCUGACUGUGCAGACCAGAGUGAUGAGACUCCAAACUGCCAAUGCCGCUCAGACCAAAUCCGUUGUGCCAAUGGAAGCUGCCUUGGAAUAGUGUUCAUGUGUGAUGGAGUCAACGACUGUGGAGACUAUUCAGACGAAAGCAAAUGCACUUGCACUCCGAAUCACUACAAAUGCAAUAACAGUAACACCGAAUGUUUGGACCCACUCUACGUCUGCGAUGGAGAAACUGACUGUAGUGAUGGAUCUGAUGAAAGCAACUGUGAAAGAGAGUGUUCCGACAGUGAGUUCCGCUGUGCCGAUAAGCAUUGCAUCCGUGGACAUCUUUACUGUGAUGGGGAGCCCGACUGUACAGAUCAGAGUGAUGAGACUCCAAACUGCCAAUGCCGCUCAGAUCAAAUCCGUUGUGCCAAUGGAAGCUGCCUUGGAAUAGUGUUCGUGUGUGAUGGAGUCAACGACUGUGGAGACUAUUCAGACGAAAGCAACUGCACUUGCACUCCGAAUCAGUACAAAUGCAAUAACAGUAACACCGAAUGUUUGGACCCACUCUACGUCUGCGAUGGAGAAACUGACUGUAGUGAUGGAUCUGAUGAAAUCAACUGUGAAAGAGAGUGUUCCGACAGUGAGUUCCGCUGUGCCGAUAAGAAGCAUUGCAUCCCUGGACAUCUUUACUGUGAUGGGGAGCCCGACUGUGCAGACCAGAGUGAUGAGACUCCAAAUUGCCAAUGCCACUCAGACCAAAUCCGUUGUGCCAAUGGAACCUGCCUUGGAAUAGUGUUCAUGUGUGAUGGAGUCAACGACUGUGGAGACUAUUCAGAUGAAAGCAACUGCACUUGCACUCCGAAUCAGUACAAAUGCAAUAACAGUAACACCGAAUGUUUGGACCCACUCUACGUCUGCGAUGGAGAAACUGACUGUAGUGAUGGAUCUGAUGAAAACAACUGUGAAAGAGAGUGUUCAAACAGUGAGUUCCGUUGUGCCAAUAAGAGGCAGUGCAUCCCUGGACGCCUUUACUGUGAUGAGGAGCCCGACUGUCCAGACCACAGCGAUGAGACCCCCAGCUGCCAUUGCCUCCCAGAGCUGCAACUGCCUUGUGGCAAUGGGACCUGCCUGGCAAAGGAAAGCUUCUGUGAUGGAAUCAAUGACUGUGGGGACUACUCAGAUGAGGCCAACUGCACUUGCUCUCCAAACCAAUUCACGUGCAGGAGCAGCAGGCUGUGUGUGGACUCGAUGUUUGUUUGUGAUGGAGAAACGGACUGCAUUGAUGGAUCAGAUGAAAUUGGCUGCGAUAUCGAGUGUGCAGUGCAUGAGUUCCGCUGUGCUAACAAGAAGCAGUGCAUACCUGGAUGGUUUUAUUGCAAUGGAGAGGCUGACUGUGCAGACCAGAGCGAUGAGACUCCCAGCUGCCAUUGCCUCCCAGAGCUGCAACUUCCUUGUGGCAAUGGGACCUGCCUGGCAAAGGAGAGCUUCUGUGAUGGAGUCAAUGACUGUGGGGACUACUCAGAUGAGGCCAAUUGCACUUGUUCUCCAAGCCAAUUCACGUGCAGGAGCAGCAGGCUGUGUGUGGACUCGAUGUUUGUUUGCGAUGGAGAAACGGACUGCAGUGAUGGAUCCGAUGAAACUGGCUGUGAUAUAGAGUGUGCAGUGAAUGAGUUCCGUUGUGCAAACAAGAAGCAAUGCAUCUCUGGGCGGUUUUACUGCAAUGGGGAGCCGGACUGCAUGGACAAAAGCGAUGAGACUCCAAAAUGUCAGUGCCACACAGACCAACAGCUGCCUUGUGGCAAUGGGACCUGCCUGGCAAAGGAGAGCUUCUGUGAUGGAGUCAACGACUGUGGGGACUACUCAGAUGAGGCCAAUUGCACGUGUUCACCAUUUCAGUUCACAUGCAGGAGCAGCAGGCUGUGUGUUGACUCGAUAUUUGUUUGUGAUGGAGAAACGGACUGCAAUGAUGGAUCAGAUGAAAUUGGCUGCGAUAUCGAGUGUGCAGUGCCUGAGUUCCGCUGUGCUAACAAGAAGCAGUGCAUACCUGGAUGGUUUUAUUGCAAUGGAGAGGCCGACUGUGCAGACCAGAGCGAUGAGACUCCCAGUUGCCAUUGCCUCCAAAACCUGCAAAUGCCUUGUGGCAAUGGGACCUGCCUGGCAAAGGAGAGCUUCUGCAAUGGAGUCAACGACUGUGGGGACUACUCAGAUGAGGCCAACUGCACUUGCUCUCCAAGCCAAUUCACAUGCAGGAGCAGCAGGCUGUGUGUGGACUCGACGUUUGUUUGUGAUGGAGAAACAGACUGCAGUGAUGGAUCCGAUGAAAUCGGCUGUGAUAUAGAGUGUGCAGUGAAUGAGUUCCGUUGUGCAAACAAGAAGCAAUGCAUCUCUGGGCGGUUUUAUUGCAAUGGGGAGCCGGACUGCAUGGACAAGAGCGAUGAGACUCCGAACUGCCAGUGCCACACAGACCAACAGCUGCCUUGUGGGAACGGGACCUGCCUGGCAAAGGAGAGCUUCUGUGAUGGAGUCAACGACUGUGGGGACUACUCAGAUGAGGCCAAUUGCACUUGUUCACAAAUUCAGUUCACAUGCAGGAGCAGCAGGCUGUGCGUGGACUCGAUGUUUGUUUGUGAUGGAGAAACGGACUGCAGUGAUGGAUCAGAUGAAAUUGGCUGCGAUAUCGAGUGUGCAGUGCAUGAGUUCCGCUGUGCUAACAAGAAGCAGUGCAUACCUGGAUGGUUUUAUUGCAAUGGAGAGGCUGACUGUGCAGACCAGAGCGAUGAGACUCCCAGCUGCCGUUGCCUCCCAGAGCUGCAACUUCCUUGUGGCAAUGGGACCUGCCUGGCAAAGGAGAGCUUCUGUGAUGGAGUCAAUGACUGUGGGGACUACUCAGAUGAGGCCAAUUGCACUUGUUCUCCAAGCCAAUUCACGUGCAGGAGCAGCAGGCUGUGUGUGGACUCGAUGUUUGUUUGCGAUGGAGAAACGGACUGCAGUGAUGGAUCCGAUGAAAUUGGCUGUGAUAUAGAGUGUGCAGUGAAUGAGUUCCGUUGUGCAAACAAGAAGCAAUGCAUCUCUGGGCGGUUUUACUGCAAUGGGGAGCCGGACUGCAUGGACAAGAGCGAUGAGACUCCAAACUGUCAGUGCCACACAGACCAACAGCUGCCUUGUGGAAAUGGGACCUGCCUGGCAAAGAAGAGCUUCUGUGAUGGAGUCAACGACUGUGGGGACUACUCAGAUGAGGCCAACUGCACUUGUUCACCAUUUCAGUUUACAUGCAGGAGCAGCAGGCUGUGUCUGGACUCGAUGUUUGUUUGUGAUGGAGAAACGGACUGCAGUGAUGGAUCAGAUGAAAUUGGCUGUGAUAUCGAGUGUGCAGUGCAUGAGUUCCGCUGUGCUAACAAGAAGCAGUGCAUACCUGGAUGGUUUCAUUGCAAUGGAGAGGCCGACUGUGCAGACUACAGCGAUGAGACUCCGAGCUGCCAUUGCCUCCCAGAGCUGCAACUGCCUUGUGGCAAUGGGACCUGCCUGGCAAAGGAGAGCUUCUGUGAUGGAGUCAACGACUGUGGGGACUACUCAGAUGAGGCCAACUGCACUUGUUCUCCAAGCCAAUUCACGUGCAGCAGCAGCAGGCUGUGUGUGGACUCAAUGUGUGUUUGCGAUGGAGAAACGGACUGCAGUGAUGGAUCCGAUGAAAUUGGCUGUGAUAUAGAGUGUGCAGUGAAUGAGUUCCGUUGUGCAAACAAGAAGCAAUGCAUCUCUGGGCGGUUUUACUGCAAUGGAGAGCCGGACUGCAUGGACAAGAGCGAUGAGACUCCAAACUGUCAAUGCCACACAGACCAACAGCUGCCUUGUGGAAAUGGGACCUGCCUGGCAAAGGAGAGCUUCUGUGAUGGAGUCAACGACUGUGGGGACUACUCAGAUGAGGCCAACUGUACUUGUUCACCAUUUCAGUUCACAUGCAGGAGGAGCAGGCUGUGUGUGGACUCAAUGUUUGUUUGUGAUGGAGAAACGGACUGCAGUGAUGGAUCAGAUGAAAUUGGCUGUGAUAUCGAGUGUGCAGUGCAUGAGUUCCGCUGUGCUAACAAGAAGCAGUGCAUACCUGGAUGGUUUCAUUGCAAUGGAGAGGCCGACUGUGCAGACUACAGCGAUGAGACUCCGAGCUGCCAUUGCCUCCCAGAGCUGCAACUGCCUUGUGGCAAUGGGACCUGCCUUGCAAAGGAGAGCUUCUGUGAUGGAGUCAACGACUGUGGGGACUACUCAGAUGAGGCCAACUGCACUUGUUCUCCAAGCCAAUUCACGUGCAGGAGCAGCAGGCUGUGUGUGGACUCGAUGUUUGUUUGUGAUGGAGAAACGGACUGCAGUGAUGGAUCCGAUGAAAUUGGCUGUGAUAUAGAGUGUGCAGUGAAUGAGUUCCGUUGUGCAAACAAGAAGCAAUGCAUCUCUGGGCGGUUUUACUGCAAUGGAGAGCCGGACUGCAUGGACAAGAGCGAUGAGACUCCAAACUGUCAGUGCCACACAGACCAACAGCUGCCUUGUGGAAAUGGGACCUGCCUGGCAAAGGAGAGCUUCUGUGAUGGAGUCAACGACUGUGGGGACUACUCAGAUGAGGCCAACUGCACUUGUUCACCAUUUCAGUUCACAUGCAGGAGGAGCAGGCUGUGUGUGGACUCGAUGUUUGUUUGUGAUGGAGAAACGGACUGCAGUGAUGGAUCAGAUGAAAUUGGCUGUGAUAUCGAGUGUGCAGUGCAUGAGUUCCGCUGUGCUAACAAGAAGCAGUGCAUACCUGGAUGGUUUCAUUGCAAUGGAGAGGCCGACUGUGCAGACUACAGCGAUGAGACUCCGAGCUGCCAUUGCCUCCCAGAGCUGCAACUGCCUUGUGGCAAUGGGACCUGCCUUGCAAAGGAGAGCUUCUGUGAUGGAGUCAACGACUGUGGGGACUACUCAGAUGAGGCCAACUGCACUUGUUCUCCAAGCCAAUUCACGUGCAGGAGCAGCAGGCUGUGUGUGGACUCGAUGUUUGUUUGUGAUGGAGAAACGGACUGCAGUGAUGGAUCCGAUGAAAUUGGCUGUGAUAUAGAGUGUGCAGUGAAUGAGUUCCGUUGUGCAAACAAGAAGCAAUGCAUCUCUGGGCGGUUUUACUGCAAUGGAGAGCCGGACUGCAUGGACAAGAGCGAUGAGACUCCAAACUGUCAGUGCCACACAGACCAACAGCUGCCUUGUGGAAAUGGGACCUGCCUGGCAAAGGAGAGCUUCUGUGAUGGAGUCAACGACUGUGGGGACUACUCAGAUGAGGCCAACUGCACUUGUUCACCAUUUCAGUUCACAUGCAGGAGGAGCAGGCUGUGUGUGGACUCGAUGUUUGUUUGUGAUGGAGAAACGGACUGCAGUGAUGGAUCAGAUGAAAUUGGCUGUGAUAUCGAGUGUGCAGUGCAUGAGUUCCGCUGUGCUAACAAGAAGCAGUGCAUACCUGGAUGGUUUCAUUGCAAUGGAGAGGCCGACUGUGCAGACUACAGCGAUGAGACUCCGAGCUGCCAUUGCCUCCCAGAGCUGCAACUGCCUUGUGGCAAUGGGACCUGCCUUGCAAAGGAGAGCUUCUGUGAUGGAGUCAACGACUGUGGGGACUACUCAGAUGAGGCCAACUGCACUUGUUCUCCAAGCCAAUUCACGUGCAGGAGCAGCAAGCUGUGUGUGGACUCGAUGUUUGUUUGUGAUGGAGAAACGGACUGCAGUGAUGGAUCCGAUGAAAUUGGCUGUGAUAUAGAGUGUGCAGUGAAUGAGUUCCGUUGUGCAAACAAGAAGCAAUGCAUCUCUGGGCGGUUUUACUGCAAUGGAGAGCCGGACUGCAUGGACAAGAGCGAUGAGACUCCAAACUGUCAGUGCCACACAGACCAACAGCUGCCUUGUGGAAAUGGGACCUGCCUGGCAAAGGAGAGCUUCUGUGAUGGAGUCAACGACUGUGGGGACUACUCAGAUGAGGCCAACUGCACUUGUUCACCAUUUCAGUUCACAUGCAGGAGGAGCAGGCUGUGUGUGGACUCAAUGUUUGUUUGUGAUGGAGAAACGGACUGCAGUGAUGGAUCAGAUGAAAUUGGCUGUGAUAUCGAGUGUGCAGUGCAUGAGUUCCGCUGUGCUAACAAGAAGCAGUGCAUACCUGGAUGGUUUCAUUGCAAUGGAGAGGCCGACUGUGCAGACUACAGCGAUGAGACUCCGAGCUGCCAUUGCCUCCCAGAGCUGCAACUGCCUUGUGGCAAUGGGACCUGCCUUGCAAAGGAGAGCUUCUGUGAUGGAGUCAACGACUGUGGGGACUACUCAGAUGAGGCCAACUGCACUUGUUCUCCAAGCCAAUUCACGUGCAGGAGCAGCAGGCUGUGUGUGGACUCGAUGUUUGUUUGUGAUGGAGAAACGGACUGCAGUGAUGGAUCCGAUGAAAUUGGCUGUGAUAUAGAGUGUGCAGUGAAUGAGUUCCGUUGUGCAAACAAGAAGCAAUGCAUCUCUGGGCGGUUUUACUGCAAUGGAGAGCCGGACUGCAUGGACAAGAGCGAUGAGACUCCAAACUGUCAGUGCCACACAGACCAACAGCUGCCUUGUGGAAAUGGGACCUGCCUGGCAAAGGAGAGCUUCUGUGAUGGAGUCAACGACUGUGGGGACUACUCAGAUGAGGCCAACUGCACUUGUUCACCAUUUCAGUUCACAUGCAGGAGGAGCAGGCUGUGUGUGGACUCAAUGUUUGUUUGUGAUGGAGAAACGGACUGCAGUGAUGGAUCAGAUGAAAUUGGCUGUGAUAUCGAGUGUGCAGUGCAUGAGUUCCGCUGUGCUAACAAGAAGCAGUGCAUACCUGGAUGGUUUCAUUGCAAUGGAGAGGCCGACUGUGCAGACUACAGCGAUGAGACUCCGAGCUGCCAUUGCCUCCCAGAGCUGCAACUGCCUUGUGGCAAUGGGACCUGCCUUGCAAAGGAGAGCUUCUGUGAUGGAGUCAACGACUGUGGGGACUACUCAGAUGAGGCCAACUGCACUUGUUCUCCAAGCCAAUUCACGUGCAGGAGCAGCAGGCUGUGUGUGGACUCGAUGUUUUUUUGUGAUGGAGAAACGGACUGCAGUGAUGGAUCCGAUGAAAUUGGCUGUGAUAUAGAGUGUGCAGUGAAUGAGUUCCGUUGUGCAAACAAGAAGCAAUGCAUCUCUGGGCGGUUUUACUGCAAUGGAGAGCCGGACUGCAUGGACAAGAGCGAUGAGACUCCAAACUGUCAGUGCCACACAGACCAACAGCUGCCUUGUGGAAAUGGGACCUGCCUGGCAAAGGAGAGCUUCUGUGAUGGAGUCAACGACUGUGGGGACUACUCAGAUGAGGCCAACUGCACUUGUUCACCAUUUCAGUUCACAUGCAGGAGGACCAGGCUGUGUGUGGACUCGAUGUUUGUUUGUGAUGGAGAAACGGACUGCAGUGAUGGAUCAGAUGAAAUUGGCUGUGAUAUCGAGUGUGCAGUGCAUGAGUUCCGCUGUGCUAACAAGAAGCAGUGCAUUCCUGGAUGGUUUCAUUGCAAUGGAGAGGCCGACUGUGCAGACUACAGCGAUGAGACUCCGAGCUGCCAUUGCCUCCCAGAGCUGCAACUGCCUUGUGGCAAUGGGACCUGCCUUGCAAAGGAGAGCUUCUGUGAUGGAGUCAACGACUGUGGGGACUACUCAGAUGAGGCCAACUGCACUUGUUCUCCAAGCCAAUUCACGUGCAGGAGCAGCAAGCUGUGUGUGGACUCGAUGUUUGUUUGUGAUGGAGAAACGGACUGCAGUGAUGGAUCCGAUGAAAUUGGCUGUGAUAUAGAGUGUGCAGUGAAUGAGUUCCGUUGUGCAAACAAGAAGCAAUGCAUCUCUGGGCGGUUUUACUGCAAUGGAGAGCCGGACUGCAUGGACAAGAGCGAUGAGACUCCAAACUGUCAGUGCCACACAGACCAACAGCUGCCUUGUGGAAAUGGGACCUGCCUGGCAAAGGAGAGCUUCUGUGAUGGAGUCAACGACUGUGGGGACUACUCAGAUGAGGCCAACUGCACUUGUUCACCAUUUCAGUUCACAUGCAGGAGGAGCAGGCUGUGUGUGGACUCGAUGUUUGUUUGUGAUGGAGAAACGGACUGCAGUGAUGGAUCAGAUGAAAUUGGCUGUGAUAUCGAGUGUGCAGUGCAUGAGUUCCGCUGUGCUAACAAGAAGCAGUGCAUACCUGGAUGGUUUCAUUGCAAUGGAGAGGCCGACUGUGCAGACUACAGCGAUGAGACUCCGAGCUGCCAUUGCCUCCCAGAGCUGCAACUGCCUUGUGGCAAUGGGACCUGCCUUGCAAAGGAGAGCUUCUGUGAUGGAGUCAACGACUGUGGGGACUACUCAGAUGAGGCCAACUGCACUUGUUCUCCAAGCCAAUUCACGUGCAGGAGCAGCAAGCUGUGUGUGGACUCGAUGUUUGUUUGUGAUGGAGAAACGGACUGCAGUGAUGGAUCCGAUGAAAUUGGCUGUGAUAUAGAGUGUGCAGUGAAUGAGUUCCGUUGUGCAAACAAGAAGCAAUGCAUCUCUGGGCGGUUUUACUGCAAUGGAGAGCCGGACUGCAUGGACAAGAGCGAUGAGACUCCAAACUGUCAGUGCCACACAGACCAACAGCUGCCUUGUGGAAAUGGGACCUGCCUGGCAAAGGAGAGCUUCUGUGAUGGAGUCAACGACUGUGGGGACUACUCAGAUGAGGCCAACUGCACUUGUUCACCAUUUCAGUUCACAUGCAGGAGGAGCAGGCUAUGUGUGGACUCGAUGUUUGUUUGUGAUGGAGAAACGGACUGCAGUGAUGGAUCAGAUGAAAUUGGCUGUGAUAUCGAGUGUGCAGUGCAUGAGUUCCGCUGUGCUAACAAGAAGCAGUGCAUACCUGGAUGGUUUCAUUGCAAUGGAGAGGCCGACUGUGCAGACUACAGCGAUGAGACUCCGAGCUGCCAUUGCCUCCCAGAGCUGCAACUGCCUUGUGGCAAUGGGACCUGCCUUGCAAAGGAGAGCUUCUGUGAUGGAGUCAACGACUGUGGGGACUACUCAGAUGAGGCCAACUGCACUUGUUCUCCAAGCCAAUUCACGUGCAGGAGCAGCAAGCUGUGUGUGGACUCGAUGUUUGUUUGUGAUGGAGAAACGGACUGCAGUGAUGGAUCCGAUGAAAUUGACUGUGAUAUAGAGUGUGCAGUGAAUGAGUUCCGUUGUGCAAACAAGAAGCAAUGCAUCUCUGGGCGGUUUUACUGCAAUGGAGAGCCGGACUGCAUGGACAAGAGCGAUGAGACUCCAAACUGUCAGUGCCACACAGACCAACAGCUGCCUUGUGGAAAUGGGACCUGCCUGGCAAAGGAGAGCUUCUGUGAUGGAGUCAACGACUGUGGGGACUACUCAGAUGAGGCAAACUGCACUUGUUCACCAUUUCAGUUCACAUGCAGGAGGACCAGGCUGUGUGUGGACUCGAUGUUUGUUUGUGAUGGAGAAACGGACUGCAGUGAUGGAUCAGAUGAAAUUGGCUGUGAUAUCGAGUGCGCAGUGCAUGAGUUCCGCUGUGCUAACAAGAAGCAGUGCAUACCUGGAUGGUUUCAUUGCAAUGGAGAGGCCGACUGUGCAGACUACAGCGAUGAGACUCCGAGCUGCCAUUGCCUCCCAGAGCUGCAACUGCCUUGUGGCAAUGGGACCUGCCUUGCAAAGGAGAGCUUCUGUGAUGGAGUCAACGACUGUGGGGACUACUCAGAUGAGGCCAACUGCACUUGUUCUCCAAGCCAAUUCACGUGCAGGAGCAGCAAGCUGUGUGUGGACUCGAUGUUUGUUUGUGAUGGAGAAACGGACUGCAGUGAUGGAUCCGAUGAAAUUGGCUGUGAUAUAGAGUGUGCAGUGAAUGAGUUCCGUUGUGCAAACAAGAAGCAAUGCAUCUCUGGGCGGUUUUACUGCAAUGGAGAGCCAGACUGCAUGGACAAGAGCGAUGAGACUCCAAACUGUCAGUGCCACACAGACCAACAGCUGCCUUGUGGAAAUGGGACCUGCCUGGCAAAGGAGAGCUUCUGUGAUGGAGUCAACGACUGUGGGGACUACUCAGAUGAGGCCAACUGCACUUGUUCACCAUUUCAGUUCACAUGCAGGAGGAGCAGGCUGUGUGUGGACUCGAUGUUUGUUUGUGAUGGAGAAACGGACUGCAGUGAUGGAUCAGAUGAAAUUGGCUGUGAUAUCGAGUGUGCAGUGCAUGAGUUCCGCUGUGCUAACAAGAAGCAGUGCAUACCUGGAUGGUUUCAUUGCAAUGGAGAGGCCGACUGUGCAGACUACAGCGAUGAGACUCCGAGCUGCCAUUGCCUCCCAGAGCUGCAACUGCCUUGUGGCAAUGGGACCUGCCUGGCAAAGGAGAGCUUCUGUGAUGGAGUCAACGACUGUGGGGACUACUCAGAUGAGGCCAACUGCACUUGUUCUCCAAGCCAAUUCACGUGCAGGAGCAGCAAGCUGUGUGUGGACUCGAUGUUUGUUUGUGAUGGAGAAACAGACUGCAGUGAUGGAUCCGAUGAAAUUGGCUGUGAUAUAGAGUGUGCAGUGAAUGAGUUCCGUUGUGCAAACAAGAAGCAAUGCAUCUCUGGGCGGUAUUACUGCAAUGGAGAGCCGGACUGCAUGGACAAGAGCGAUGAGACUCCAAACUGUCAGUGCCACACAGACCAACAGCUGCCUUGUGGAAAUGGGACCUGCCUGGCAAAGGAGAGCUUCUGUGAUGGAGUCAACGACUGUGGGGACUACUCAGAUGAGGCCAACUGCACUUGUUCACCAUUUCAGUUCACAUGCAGGAGGAGCAGGCUGUGUGUGGACUCGAUGUUUGUUUGUGAUGGAGAAACGGACUGCAGUGAUGGAUCAGAUGAAAUUGGCUGUGAUAUCGAGUGUGCAGUGCAUGAGUUCCGCUGUGCUAACAAGAAGCAGUGCAUACCUGGAUUGUUUCAUUGCAAUGGAGAGGCCGACUGUGCAGACUACAGCGAUGAGACUCCGAGCUGCCAUUGCCUCCCAGAGCUGCAACUGCCUUGUGGCAAUGGGACCUGCCUGGCAAAGGAGAGCUUCUGUGAUGGAGUCAACGACUGUGGGGACUACUCAGAUGAGGCCAACUGCACUUGUUCUCCAAGCCAAUUCACGUGCAGGAGCAGCAAGCUGUGUGUGGACUCGAUGUUUGUUUGUGAUGGAGAAACGGACUGCAGUGAUGGAUCCGAUGAAAUUGGCUGUGAUAUAGAGUGUGCAGUGAAUGAGUUCCGUUGUGCAAACAAGAAGCAAUGCAUCUCUGGGCGGUUUUACUGCAAUGGAGAGCCGGACUGCAUGGACAAGAGCGAUGAGACUCCAAACUGUCAGUGCCACACAGACCAACAGCUGCCUUGUGGAAAUGGGACCUGCCUGGCAAAGGAGAGCUUCUGUGAUGGAGUCAACGACUGUGGGGACUACUCAGAUGAGGCAAACUGCACUUGUUCACCAUUUCAGUUCACAUGCAGGAGCAGCAGGCUGUGUGUGGACUCGAUGUUUGUUUGUGAUGGAGAAACGGACUGCAGUGAUGGAUCAGAUGAAAUUGGCUGUGAUAUCGAGUGUGCAGUGCAUGAGUUCCGCUGUGCUAACAAGAAGCAGUGCAUACCUGGAUGGUUUCAUUGCAAUGGAGAGGCUGACUGUGCAGACCACAGCGAUGAGACUCCGAGCUGCCAUUGCCUCCCAGAGCUGCAACUGCCUUGUGGCAAUGGGACCUGCCUGGCAAAGGAGAGCUUCUGUGAUGGAGUCAACGACUGUGGGGACUACUCAGAUGAGGCCAACUGCACUUGUUCUCCAAGCCAAUUCACAUGCAGGAGCAGCAGGCUGUGUGUGGACUCGAUGUUUGUUUGUGAUGGAGAAACGGACUGCAGUGAUGGAUCAGAUGAAAUUGGUUGUGAUAUCGAGUGUGCAGUGAGUGAUUUCCGCUGUGCUGACAAGAAGCAAUGCAUCUCUGGGAGGUUUUACUGCAAUGGAGAGGCCGACUGUGCAGACCACAGCGAUGAGACUCCCAGCUGCCAUUGCCUCCCAGAGCUGCAACUUCCUUGUGGCAAUGGGACCUGCCUGGCAAAGGAGAGCUUCUGUGAUGGAGUCAACGACUGUGGGGACUACUCAGAUGAGACCAACUGCACCUGUGUUGAUGGGGACUUUCAGUGCAAACGCAGUGGAUGCGUUCCUCUUUCUCUUGUUUGUGAUGGCGACGUGGACUGUGUAGAUGGCUCGGAUGAAGCUUUAUUUUUAUGCAGACCAGCAAAGUAUAAUUUUAGAGUAAAGUUGAAUUUUGAUCCAUCUCUGAGCAUCAACCAAAUGGAGAAUGAGAUACAAAUAUAUCUGAAGAAUUUAUUUCCAAAGCAGAAUGUGAAGACAAAAUAUAAGCAACUUCCCUAAACAUGUCUUAAAAUGUCAACGUAUAGUUAGUACACCAGAAAAUUACUACUACUAUAUUCUUGGUUCUUUCGGUAAAGUAACGUAGAAGGGAAACAAUAAAAUAAUACGACUACUAGUUUUCUUAAAUAGUGAACUCUUCACAAUAUGGAAUCUUCUUUGUAACAAAUUAUUUUCCCAUACUUUUGAGAGCAUCACACACACCGCCAUGUACACAAACAGCAAUCACACACUGCUUAAUCAUAUGCACUUGUUAUUCUGUACGAAAUGUAGGUCUUAAAUGGGAAGGGCUUUUAUUUAAGUUGUGUUUCUCUUUGUUGGUUUUUGAUGACGUUGUUUUGUGUUGUCUACACAUGUAUGACAAGAUCACACGUAACCAUCAUAAUAUUUUACGCGUGUUAAUACUUGCAGCAAAAAUCAAUCGGAUUUUGUUGAAUUAAAAAACUUCGUAAAUAUUUUAUCACUUUAUUAUUAUUAUUAUGUGUGGGAGCCAUGGGGAUAUAUUGCAUCCAAUACGAGUUAAAUUUCUCGAAUUAUGCCUCAGAUUAAUCAAGUAUUUGCUGAUACUGCAUUCGCGUGGUACACAAGCACAAUAUGCAAAAAAACUCAACACUUGCACAACAACACUACCUUCGAAAAUAUAUAUAUCAGAUUAUAUAGGUUUCUAUACAUUUUUGCUUUGUACUUUGAUGAUUGCAAAUAUAAUAAAGGUUACUUUCAAAAGCAGUUAACCCUUGUUUUAUUAUACGGAAAGUUUGAAUGUUCAUUA